GCAGGGUGACGCGUCGACGCGCGCGCGAGGGCGGUGGGGACGGGUGGGCGUGAUCGCGGCGUGCGCGGCGGCGGCGGGCGCGGCGGGCGCGGCGAUCGCGGCGACGCGCGGCGGCGCGGCGACGUCGUCGCUCGAUGCGCUCGGAACGAUCGAUCGACGAGAGAUUGCGUCGUUGGGGAUGCCUCGGGGUGGGAAGGGGGCGGGCGAGCUCGGGGAAGAGGCGGGCGGGGCGGUGGACGCGGCGCCGUUCGCGGCGAAGCGCGGGACGUUUUCGUACGAGUCGUGGUUCAAGACGCUCAAGGCGUCGCGGCAACCGGGGGAGUCCAAGCGUGGGGAAAACGACGAGCUCAUUCAAGAGAGCGAUGGGUACGGCGUGAGCGCGAAAGGUGGGUGGAAAGCGAUUCGCGAGGAGGUGGCGAAGAGUCACGGGAAGGAAAAGGUGUUGUUGUUGCUUCGGCACGGGCACGCGGUGCACAACGCGUGGGGCGACGUGCAGACCGAGGAGCUCAAGACGCUGCCGUGUACGUGGAGAAAUGACCAAGAUUUGCUCGAUCCGUCGCUCACGGAUGUCGGGGUGCGACAGAUCGUGGCUACAAGGGAGACGCUCGCCGGUCGAGACGGAUUUUUGCGCGCCGUGCGGGGCGGGGCGAAGAACUCCAACCCGAUCAAAAUCGUCUCUUCGCCGCUCUCUCGAGCGAUGGAAACCGCACUCAUCGCCACAUCGGGUGUUCCCGAGUUCGAAAAGCCCAUCGUGGUGACGGACUACUUACGUGAGCGCAUCGAACUGAACACUCCGUUUGAGGUUCGAGCGCCCGCGUCGCUGAAAAAGGGACGCUCCAUGUCGGCGAGCAAGGCGAUCGAGGAGACAAAGGUGAAGAAUUGCAAGUUCCACGCGGGAAUGCGGCAACUUUACGGCGACGGCGCGUUCGCGAUCGACGUCGAGACGCAUGAAAGGGAGUGUCGGGUGGACAAGUUAACGCCAAAAUCGUACGAAACCUGCAGCGGUCUCGGCCUCACGCACGAGAACGACUUAGAUUUGAGCAGUCGCACGCCGGAGACCCUGGCCGGAAUUAUGAACCGCGUCAAGGUUGUUCUAGCGAACGUCUUCGAUCAGUACGACGAUGAUGUCGUCAUGCUCGUGACGCACUCAGAUUGGAUAGUCUCAGCGCUCAUGGAACUCUAUCCCAACACGCUCGGAUUUGCUCCGAAGAACGGAGAGGUUAUUCCAAUCGUCGUUCAAGACAAACGACCGUCGACAUCGAAGAAAGAGGUAGGAAAGGAUGACAAGAAGGAGAACAAGUCGAAGAAGGAUGACACGACGGCGUCCACGAAGAAGGUUGAGGAGGAGGAGGAGGAGGAGGAGACGGCGUCCGCGAAGAAGGAUGAAAAGAAGUCCAAGCAGUCCGCAGCGCUCGCGAAGAAAGAAUUCGACGAUGAUGAAAUCGGAAAUGCCGACGGCAUCAAGUUUUACAAGGAUAAAAAGGCGAAGAAGACGAAGGAUGACGACGACGACGAAGACGACGACGGCGAUGAUAAAGAAGAAGACGAUGACGACGACGACGACGACGGCGACGACGACGACGACGACGACGGCGACGACGACGACGACGACGACGACGAGCACUCAGAAGCUGCGCUCGGCACCAAGCACGUCUUCGAUGACGCAUCGACUCUCUUCAUGCAACGUGUCGCCAACUCCCUGAAAAACAUCGACGUCCACUACAGCACGAACUCAGAUGAACAGGACGAAUGA